CACUGGCCCUACGCGCCGGAAGCUGCUUGCUCGUCAGACACUUUCAAAGAUGGCUCUCGCUAGUGUGUUGAACAGUGAUUGUGCGGAUUUCGCCUUCGGUAGCCGUCAGCCUUCUGCGUAUGGCUGUGGACCCGGAGAGAGCGGCCUGGGUUUUGAGUCCGCACCGGGAGACGAGCUCAGUUUCUCCGUUAGGAACCCGCUGUGUGCCGCGGACGAGGAUGGCGUCGAGAGGAAAAUAGAGUUUCUGCAUGGAACCACCACCUUAGCCUUCAAAUUCCAGCAUGGCGUCAUUGUCGCGGUGGACUCUCGGGCCACAGCGGGCUCUUACAUCGCAUCGCAGACGGUGAAGAAGGUGAUUGAGAUCAACCCUUACCUGCUGGGCACCAUGGCCGGAGGUGCUGCGGACUGUAGCUUCUGGGAGCGCCUGCUUGCCCGCCAGUGCCGCAUCUACGAGCUCCGCAACAAGGAGCGCAUAUCAGUGGCAGCCGCCUCCAAGCUGCUUGCCAACAUGGUGUACCAGUACAAGGGCAUGGGACUCAGCAUGGGAACCAUGGUGUGUGGCUGGGACAAGAGAGGCCCAGGGCUGUACUACGUCGACUCGGAGGGGAACCGCGUGUGCGGAGACCUUUUCGCUGUGGGCUCUGGCUCCAUGUACGCCUACGGUGUGAUGGACAGUGGCCUGCGAAACGACCUGAGCGUGGAGGAGGCCUGCGAGUUGGGCCGCCGAGCCAUCUACCAGGCCACAUACCGCGACGCCUACAGCGGAGGGCAGGUCAAUCUGUACCACGUCCACAGCGAGGGCUGGACCCGGGUCUCCCAGGAAGACGUGCUAAUGCUGCACCAGCAGUACAGAGAUCAGGCAUAGUCAGGAACAGGAAGGGGCUUAGUUGUUAAUUCUAGUAUCCAUUGUUUUGAGAUGUUCUGAAAUGUCAGUAGGGGUUUAACACAUGAAUAAAAUGGACUCAGCUGCCCAUUGAUUUCCACCUGUAUCACUUCCCGAACCCAUUUAGCUUCAAGCUUUAUUUUGUACAUUUUGAGUAUUCCACUGAGCUUCACUCACUCUCCACAGAGUGACUGCAGAGAGGUGAAAUGACUCAAACAUGCUCUAAUACACUGUGGGGGGUCGUGUGCUGCCCUACAUACAUUUAAUUUGGAAUGUACCCUGGGAAAACUACAUCUGUCUCAAUAAAAUCUGUGAUUCUUU